AUUAAUUAAAAUUAUUAAAUCCAUAAUGAUGAAACUUUUAAAAUUUAAUUUAUUCAACUUAAUUUUAGUAUCAUUCAGUUCAGUAUGACAUGUAUGGGCGCAAAACAGUCGGCGCCCCCAAACGUAAUCGUAUUCAUGGCGGACGACAUGGGUUGGACGGACGUGGGCUACCACUCGGACCACGUGCUCACCCCUAACAUCGACACACUGGCGGCCGAUGGCAUCGUUUUGAACCAAUACUACACACAACGCCUCUGUAGUCCGAGUAGGGGUGCGCUCCUGACUGGCGUACACCCCAUACACACCGGACUACAAAACUGCGUAAUCCUUGACACGCAGCCCAUUGGUCUACCCCUACACUUCAAACUCUGGCCCCAGUAUCUCAAACAAUAUGAUUAUGCCACACAUAUUGUCGGGAAGUGGCACCUAGGUCACAUGCAACGAGAACACACACCAACAUACCGGGGCUUUGACAGUCACGUGGGUUUCUAGUCGGCAUAACAUGGAUUUGAUAAGAAACGCGUCGGGAGUU